AGCAGCUUUGUUUGGCGGCUGCCAAUAAAACACACGAAGAAGAACGGGAGCUACAGAAGUUGUAGUAGCAGAAUCAAAAACAGCAAACAGGGUGAAAGUUCGAUGAGCCUAAGAGAACUUUUCGGUCCGAUUAUUUUGGUUACAUUUAGCUGUGCCUUGCACUGUUGACAAUUAUGUGAUUGAGCCUACAUUUUAAGGCCCCCCACGACCACAAACUGAAAAGCAGGCGACCCUGAUAUUGAUUCACUAGGUGACCUGACAGCAGCUUCUGCUCUAUGUUGGCCAGGUCAGCCCUGAGCAAGGGCAUCACUGCCCGUCGCCUCUGCAAGAAUGUCACUCUGUACAUGAAUGAACUCUAUUCUCCAGUCGCAGGGGUUCAGGUCCAGGCCCCUGAGGAUCACAAACCCCUUUUACUCAUGUUACCCUGGUUGGGUUCGCGUCCCCAAGCUGUGGCCAAGUAUUGUGAAAUCUACUUUCGCACUGGCUUUGAUGUGCUUGUAGUGGAGAGCGAGGUGACAGACUUCCUGUGGCCCCGUUGGGGUCUGGAUCGUGCAAAGAAGUUGAUGGAUUUGCUCCAGAGUGAGCCCUUUAUGUCCCGUCCUCUGCUCAUUCAUGCCUUCUCGAUCGGAGGCUACACAUAUGGUCAGCUGCUGGUUCACAUGUCCAAGGACAAACAGAAAUACCAGGGAGUGACAAACAGGAUCAAAGGCCAAGUUUACGAUAGCUUGGUGGUGGGCUCAUUGGAGCAGAUGGCCAGGGGUCUGGGUAAAACGGUAUUUCCUCGUUUGGAGACACUGGUAAAACAGGCAAGCCUCCUAUACUUCAGCAUAUUUAAACGGCAAACAGUGGACUACUUUAACGCAGGCAUCGACGUGUUUUGGAACACUCCAGUCCUCGCCCCUGGACUGCUCUUCUUCUGCGAGAACGAUGUCAUGAGUGACCCACGAACUGUGGAGGAAUUGAUUGCACACUGGCAGCAGCGGGGGAUGAAUAUUACGGUAAAGAAGUGGGAGGAUUCAACACACGCGUGCCAUUUAAGGAGGUACCCACAAGAAUAUAUGACCACCCUGAACACAUUCCUCCACUCACUCCACAUCGCCCCACUCAAGGCCAAGAUGUGAGGAGGUUUCAGCCUGACUGCCUUUGUGUUAUCUUUGGGUUUGCCACUUUAUCAUUUUAGUUAUUUUUCAAAAACACACUAAUCUGAACAUUUACCAAUAAUGUUGUUGAAUUUUGUUUUUUGAUAGCUGAAUGCAGUAAAAUACAUUAGUUCCCACAUUUGUGAAGUUUCAGCCUUGUACUUGUGGUAUACAUUUCAAAACGUUAUUUAAUUACAUUUGAUUACUCUGCUCUACAACAACUACAGUAACUUUGAAAAAUUAUUAGAUCAUAUUUAUAUACAAAGAGAGAAAUAUAAAUGGUUGUUAGAUUAAAGUAGUGCCUGUAAACAUUAUAUUGGAGUUUCACUGAUUUAAUAUUUGUUUUUUAACAUCUAGUUAACAUUUCUUUUUCAUCCUGAUUCAGUGUUGUUAGUCUGUGCCUUGGAUUGACUUAAGAUUUAUAUUAUAUAAAAUGUUUACAUUAAAACGGUUUGGUCUCCGAUUGAGUUAAAAAAAACACAAAAACAAUUAGAUUUACCCAUUUAUGACUGUGACCUCUAACAAAUAGUUACAUGAGCAAACGGUUUGAGAACAGAGGGGUAUGGUUGAUUUAAUGUCUCACUGCUGGGAGAUUCUAUUUUAAAUGUUUUAUUUUGAGUAUUUUCUCCGUUCCCUACUUCCAUACUUUAAGGAGCCACCUCAUAAUGUUACAAAGCUAUUUAAUUUGAAAGAAUUAUUCAAUAUGGAUACAUCUUUAUUUACUCAUGUGUUGUUUGAUCUGUUUGUGUUCAUUAAACUGCUUGUUAGCAGCUGGCUUAUGCCUAUCAGUUGUGAAUCUGUACUCGUGAACAGCACUGUCUUGAAAUACCAAAGCUCAUAGAAAAAGUCGUGAAGUUCAUCUUAAAAGCUUUCACUGGUACAACUGUUUACAAAGAAAUACAAUGUGAAACGGAGGGGGAUUUUUACAUGAAGUAGUGCCGCUGAAGUUAUGCUGUCAGGUUAUUGCUGACUACUUGAACAUUCCUUGCAUGAAAAAACGUAAUUAUAUUAAAAAUAUUGUCUAUGUAUACUUUGGAAAUAAAUUUAAAGAAAUAAAAUUUGG